GAAACUCUACCUUCUUCCGCUUAGUCAUGCUUGUGGCGUGCCUACACCCUCCACGAGCACACUUUCUGCAUUACCAGCGUGACAGAUCAUAAAUGGCACAGCAAGUGGCUUCUGCGAAGAGGCAGCAAGAUUUACAAAUUCAAUACUCGAACUACAAAGAAACACUCCAAGCCAUCGCCCAGAAGAUUGGCGACGUCGAGCAAGAAGCAGAGGAGCACAAGUUAGUGCUGGACACACUCACACCACUUCCAGGCGGCCGGAAGUGCUUCCGCAUGAUAAAUGGUGUUCUCACCGAGCGCACUGUUCAAGACGUCCUGCCUGCCUUGCAGACGAAUGCGGAUGGCCUGAAGAAAGUGCUAGACGAGCUGCUCAAGCAAUACCGGACGAAGCAGGACGAGAUGGAGAAGUGGAAGAAGAAGCACAAUGUGCAAGUCGUUCAACAAUGAUCUUGCGAACUGCGACUAUUACCCGGACUCUUCGAAGAG